CCCCAGUUACCAAUAGCUCGAGGGAAAAUUCGUUGCGUAUCUCAAUGUCAAAACUAGACUAUGAAAAUCGGUUGAGUUUGAAUGAAACGCGCGAGUCCAUAACAAAUUAAUAUUCCAUACGAAGAACAGAAGUACAGUGAAACUAUUCUGGCGCUGCUCUAGUAUUUAUAUAUAUAUAAAUAUAAAUACCUAUCUUAUCUCUCUAAAUCACCCGUCGGUGCCCAUGUGGAUAGAAAAAUGUCGAAGGGCAAAUGCAGUUUUGUAAAUCAACACCAUUUGUGCCCGGAAUUGUGUGGAAUUUGUGUAAAAACUCUACCGGACAAUUUGCCAUCAUCAUUUUUUCACCUGUCAGUGGUAUUCUAUUGAGAUGUGGAUUCCAGGAUUUUUUUUAAUGAUUCUCUCCAUUUCCUGGGGAGAGGGUGUGGAUGGUGGUGAUACCAGGACAAUCAGCAAUCAUGAUGACGUGCAUCAGCAUCCCAUCACGUGGAUAUCAAGAAUGAGAAGAUCAUUGAGCCCCAGAAGAAAGCCGAAUAUCGCGAUUUGCUGUUCCCCAGGUUAUUUCAUGAGUGACUCGACAUCAAUGAAUUGUUCAUCAAAAACAUCAAAACCUAUUUACGACGUGGAAAUUCCCCAGAUCUACAGGAAGGAUCUGAAGCCAUCGGAGAAAAAGCCAGAUAUAUUUGAACGGAUAUACCGUAUGCCCUGUGAAAAUCAUUUUUAUGAAUUGUCAAGUGAUUCAGAUACACUGGAGGCAUUUUAUUUGCUGGAGGAUGGACGAGUCUUUGUGGACCUCUCCGAGGAAGAGAUGCCGGAUGAAUACAUGGGGAUUGAUGAUUAUUGCUUUGCUAGUUGGAUGGGGGAUAAUGGAACUAGGACAAUUCUCAUAACUUGUCAUGCACCUUAUGAGAUGCAGGAUUUUCCACUCUUGUACGCAAUGUGUCUCGCUUUUCCCAUGCCUUUUCUCAUCGUCACUUUUCUCGUUUACGCCUGUUUACCCGUCCUCAGGAACAUCCACGGCAUGAUUCUCAUGUCUUAUGUCUUCUCUUUGUUCUGGGCUUAUGGAGGUAUCACCGUUAUGAGAUUGAAAAUCAUCAGCAUCGAUAAAUAUUCGAGAUUCUGCACUUUUCUAGGAUUUUUCAAUUAUUUGUGGUUCAUGUCUUCUUUCUUCUGGCUCAAUGCCUUGUGCUUUGAUAUCUGGUUGACCUUCAGGUCCGCUCGUUCCAUGGAGGGUAGUAUCAAGCGGAGAACAGAGCGAAGAAAAUUUAUCUUCUACACGAUUUACGCAUGGGGAUGUCCAUCAAUCUUGACGAUAAUCUGUCUGAUCCUCGAUUUUAGCCCCAGCAUGAUGGAUAGUAUUUUCAGUCCGAGAUUUGGGGAAUAUAGCUGUUGGUUCCAAGGUGAUGUCUCGGAGUCUCUUUAUUUAUACUGUCCCAUGGCACUCACCGUUAUCUGUAAUGUCUCUUUAUUUAUCUCGACGACGAUAAAAAUUCUUCGACACAAACGAGAAACUGCUAAUCAACUCGAGAGAAAUGACAGCCAUCGACACGAGGACAAGCAGUGGUUCAACCUGUACCUGAAGCUCUUCGUCAUAAUGGGUAUAACUUGGUCAAUGGACGUCGUCGGGUGGCUGUUGGGAAGCCAAAGCAUCUGGCUGCGAUAUAUCACAGACGGGAUCGCUUCCGUUGAGGGUGUUCUCAUCUUUAUUAUUUUCGUAUGCAAGGACAAAAUACGACGGCAUCUGAUGAAACGAUUCAAUUGUCAACAAUCAAACACCACUAGUUGAUUUCCAUUAUAGCUAUUUAUAGGGAGUGCGGAAUAAUGUGGACAAGUUUUUAUUAAAAUUGGUGGAGUA